CUACGAACCGGAAGUGUGGCGUUGCCAUGGCGAGAGCCGAGCGCCGGGCCCGCCCCUUCGGUGGCGGUGGCAGCUUCGGCGCGGACAGACUGACGGACAGACCGCAUGAAUUGAGAAUGCAGCAGUGCACACAUAUUUUGGAGCUAUACCAUGGAAAGGACACAACCAUAAGGCCAGAAUCAGGAAUUUGAACAUUUUGGCCUAUCAUCAGUGGGGGAACCUUUGUAAAUUUUUCGAAGAGGGAAAUAAAAAGACCUGAGCCAUAUCUAAGAAGAUUGACCUGGAUGUUUGUGAAGUGUGAAUUGGAGAAGAGAGUAAACUACAGUGUGAUUUACAUCUACCAAUCAUUUGAGGUUCAUAAUGCUCCUAGAAGAUCCUUGGGAGCCACCUGCCUGUCUGUCUGCCUGAGUGGAGUGGCAGGGCAGCCAUACUUCACUGGGGAAGAGCUAAGAUACUGGCCUAGCACUGAAUUGUGUGUCUACCUAUCCACCUGCUCACCUACCGUCGUCUGCAUUUGGACUGAAGAGGCCCACUCCUCUGCCGAGAAGGAGCCAAAGAAACUUGGGCAAAUCAGUAUACCACAAAGAAGAGAGCCAGGUGGCCAGCCUAACUCCAGCAAGGCUUUUGUGAGCAGGCACCUGUUGCAAGACUUGGGUAGGAGAGAAUUGGAAAGAGGAAGCUGCUAGAGCCUUGCCCAGAAAGACCCCAUCAGCAUACUGUCUUGACAGUCUCCUUCUCUUCCUUCAUUGAUAACUGAUCUCCUGUCCCCUCCCUUUGGGGAGGGGCUGCCCCACUGGGGCUUCAUGUGUUUAUGAUGGUAAUGGAAGCUAUAAACUGAUACUGGAAAGUUCAACAUUCUGACUAAGUCAGGAAGGAGGAAAAAGGAAAAGGAGUGGAAGAUUGGAGAGGUUUGAUGAUGAGGAGCUCUCUGGUUGUACCUGUUGAUUCUUUUACUUGAAAGGAGGUCUGGGGUGCUGCCAGGACCCUCAGAGGGACCAUCACUUAUUGGUGAUUGUUUUCCUUUCUCUUGCUCUUCAGUUGCCUGGGAAGUUGGAGUCUUCUUAUCAGGGUAAUUAGCAACAGACCCUGGACUGAGACUGGCCUCUGUCUCAGUGACUGCUUCCCUGCUGAGUGGAUCCUGCCUGCUGUGUGCCACACGUACAAGCUGUGCACCCUGACCCUGUGGGGGGAGGCGACUGUGAGAAGGAACAAGAAGCAGGGGCAGGCAUAGAUCUUCCCCUUUGCCUUGGGCACUGAACCUAAUUGCAUAGUCUCUGGACUGUUCCUUGACACUGAGGUCUAAGGCUUCAGGAACCAGGGCAGGGGAAUUUUGGUGGCAUGUGGAAUAGAUAGUGACCAGUUCCCAGGCUAGGAUUGAGUCACUAGGAUAUACUGCUGCCUAGACCCCAGUCUUCUCCAUAGACUUGUUUAGGUACCACUAGUGAGAGCCAGACUUAAGGCUAUGGGGCAAUUUCUUGCCUUUGGGGACAAAGGUUUGGACUACUGAAUAGUUAACUAAUCGACAGCUGCAACAACCCCAAAGGAGGAGUAGGUGCCAGGCAGGGGAUGCCCCCGGAGGGCUUGGAUCAGGCCACUAGCCUCAUCCCUUGGGUCCAGGCCCAGAUUAGCCUGUUCCCUUCCCUCCUUUACUCUGAUUCAUCCCACCCUACCUGGAAGCAGUUCUUCACCAUGGCUGAGCAUCUAGAACUCCUGGCAGAGAUGCCCAUGGUGGGUAGAAUGGGCACCCAAGAAAGACUGAAACAUGCACAGAAGAGGAGGGCCCACCAACUGAAGAAGUGGGCCCAGGCUGAGAAGGAGAUCCAAGGCAAGAAGGGCCGUAUAGAAAAGAAAUGUAAAACUACUGUUGGGAUCAAGGAGAAACGAGUACUCUUCCCCCCGAGUAUCACCUUGCUGGAAGCAGCAGCACGCAAUGAUCUAGAAGAAGUCCGACAGUUCCUUCAGAAUGGUGUGAGCCCCAAUUUGUGCAACGAGGAUGGCCUUACUGCCCUGCACCAGUGCUGCAUCGAUGACUACGGGGAGAUGGUUCAGCAGCUUCUCGAGGCUGGGGCUGAUGUGAAUGCCUGUGACAGUGAACUUUGGACCCCUCUGCACGCUGCUGCCACUUGCGGCCACCUCCACCUUGUAGAGCUGCUUAUUUCCAAUGGUGCCAACCUUCUGGCCAUCAAUACAGAUGGGAACAUGCCUUAUGACUUGUGUGAGGAUGAGUUGACUUUGGACUCCAUUGAGACGGCUAUGGCUGAGCAAGGCAUCACUCAAGAGAGUAUCGAGGAGGCACGAGGAGUUCCAGAGCUGCACAUGGUAGAAGAUAUUCGGACCCUGCUCCAGACUGGGGCUGACAUCAAUGCUCCCCGAGAUCAUGGUGCCACACUGUUGCACAUUGCCUCAGCCAAUGGCUACCUGGAGGCAGCUGAGCUGUUGUUGGAGCACAAAGCCAACUUGAGCGCCAAGGACCAGGAUGGUUGGGAGCCACUCCAUGCAGCAGCCUGCUGGGGCCAGGUGCAUCUAGUGGAACUGCUGGUGGCCCAUGGAGCUGAUCUGAAUGGGAAGUCACUACUGGAUGAGACCCCCCUGGAUGUGUGUGGGGAUGAAGAAAUGCGGGCCAAGCUGCUAGAGCUCAAGCACAAACAUGAAGCUAUCAUGCGCUCCCAUGACCGCCACCGGGGCUCAGGCUCCCUGCUACAACGACGAACCUCUAGUGCAGGCAGCCGAGGGAAAGUUGUACGGAGAGUGAGUUUGACAGAGCGCACCCACUUGUACCGUAAAGAACACGCACGUGAGGCCAUUGUGUGGCAACAGGAGCCAUCCACUGCCACUGAACCCCCAGAAGAGGAUGAAGAUAAGCAGACAGAUGCUGAGCUCCAGCCACAGGCUGUGGAAAUAGACUCUGUGGCACUGAGACAUCGAAAUGGCAAUGUAGGGGCAGCUCCAGUGGCCCCUAGCAGGCAUCUGUAUUCCAAGAGACUGGACCGAAGUGUCUCCUACCAACUGACCACACAGGAGCCACCUGGACCUGGACCCCUCACUCGGGACAAGGCACACCAUACGCUGGCUGACCUCAAGCGCCAGAGGGCUGCUGCCAAGCUGCAGCGUCCUGUAGCUGAGGACCUUGGUUGGUCAGGGGGUGAGGGACUUCCUUGUGCUGAAUCCCAGGACCCUGGACUCCCUCAAACACCAGUAUAUUACACCUUAGCAAGUGGGGACCCUCCCCUGCUGAAGCUGACUGCCCCUGCUGAGGAGGCCCCAGCUGAGAAGAGGCCCUGCUGUGGGAUCAUGUGAAGUAGACAGGAGUCAUAGGGUCUUAGAGGCUAGCUGGCCUGCUUCCCUUCUCCCUCCUCUAUUUCCCAGGGAGAGGGAGUGGAGCUACUCCCCCACAUUUCUCCAGUGGGGGUGUGAGGCACAGGUGUGAUAGCACCUCCAGCCUAGGCACCAUUGGAAAAGGCCUGGAUUACUUCAGUUCAGCCCAGCCCAGCCCAUUCUUUACUCCCACCUAGCAGUGGCAGGACUUCUGGCAAUGAGAGAGACUGACCAAGGAGUGAGUCUGGGGACCCCAACUGCAGUCAGCCUUAUGUCUCCUGAACCUGAAGGUCUUAUAGUUAGUCCAUUACGUCUCUCCCACUUUGGAGUACGGAUAGACUGAGGCCCAGCUCAUUUCCUCACUCCUGCCCUGGGGGAGCCAGGGGAAUCCUCUCCCCUCAGGUUCACCCUUGCCUUACCCUUGCCAACCUACUUCCUGGUAGCUUUGGAGCAGAGCAUCCAGAGUGGGGGGAGUGGCACCGGGGCCUUGGUAAGGAGAAGCCCUCACUCAGGCUCCUGUCUCAGGUUCAGACCCCUUUGGGGAUAGAUGCCCAUGAUUUGGGGCAAGGGAAUGGAGGAGUCCAUAUUUUUAUUCUGUGAAACUUGAUAAAGGAAUUUUCUGCCAA